GAUCGGAAAGAUGACGUAGCGUUCAGCUUUUGCUGGCCCUGAAGCAUCACGGGAUAUCAAAUCUCCACAACAUCAAAGCUUAACAGUAGCUGUUAGCAUUCGUAGCGAACUUCUGACUACAAAAACGACAAGAUCUCCGCGUCUGUGGAAAUAAAAUGACCUCCUCUCUCCCUCUCUCCUCCCUGCGUCUCCUCAUUCCCCCUCUCCGCCUCGUAAUGGCGGCCAUGUGGCGGGUUGUACGGCAGCAGAGCAUAAAGCAUUAUGGGAUGCUGGAGGACUUUGUCUCCAUGGUUACUGACGCUGUCCCACAGGUGCUGACAGACAGGCAGAGGAGCCUGCUGCUGCUCGCGUUCAGGGUCAAGCUGACCCUGUAUGACCCUGAACCACAAGCCAUCCAUGGUCACCUGGACAGUAUCCGCUCUAUCUCCAUGGCAACGCUGGACACAGACGUCAGUCAGUGGUGUUCUGGUCUGUUGACUCUAACUGAUAAACUGAUACAAAGCCCGUCUGUCAGACAGCACCUCCUGCAGGAGGUCUUCGACCACACCUUUGACUCUGCUCUCCAGUCUGUCGUCUCAGACUUCUUGUCCAGGCUUGACCAGAUGUUCCCGGUGCCUGACUUCAAACAGGCUGCUUCAUUGCUUGAUGCUGCCCCCAGUGGUGUGGAGGAGUGUCUGCAGGAAGUUGACUGGGAGAUAUUGAGGGAGCUUCUGACCAAUCAGAGCUGUUCACAGAGUCAAGCAACCACCGUAGUGGGUUGUGACCCAGAGAAGAUCCUCCUCUCUGUCUGGUCCCAUCCCCUCUUUACAAAGUUGACCCAUCCAGACACUGACACGGCUGUGCAAUCAGAUCCUGAGCCUGACUGGGUUGGUUCCAUGGAUCUGAUUAAGGAGGAGGUUGUUGUGAUGACAGAGAAUGUGAUGGGUCAGUCCUCACCACCAUUCAAACAGGAAGUGUCCAGGGAGAGUUCAGAAGUGGGCAGUGACCAGUGCUCUGUUGCAUCACUGCACCAGGAAGUCCACAGGACAAAGGACUCCGUGGAAAAGUGUCCAGACCCUGACUCACAGGAUCCAGUGGACCAAUCAUGUCAGCCAUGUUCGGAAGCCCCGCCCAGUGCUCUGUGCAACAUCUCCCAUAAUUCCCAGCGUGUGGCUCACAAAUGUCCUCGGUGCAGCAGAUGUUUCAUUUAUCGUUCUCAGGUGAUCCGUCAUCUGCGGACCAAUAAGUCCUGCGGUUCGGUCUUGAGGAAGGUCACAGCUGUGAACCAGCAAAGUUCGUCUCCUGCCUGUCAUGAUGAGCCCCGCCCCCCAGACAGUCAUCCUGCCAAAAGCCACACCUGUUUCCAGUGUGAUGCCAUUUUCAAGACCAAAUCUGAACUCGUGUCACACCAGCGGACGCACCGGGCCCGUCCCGUGUACCAGUGUGGACAGUGUGACCAGGAGUUCCACCACUUGUCCAGUCUCACCAAUCACAAGCAGACUCACACAGAGGGGGGAGGGUUCACCUGCAACAGGUGUGACAAGGUGUUUGGAUCAGCCCAAGAGAGAGACAUUCAUCGGCUGCACCACAGCCUGCCCGACCUCACCUGCACCGUCUGCGACCAGACGUUCAGCUCGCAAACGCUGCUCCUCCGACACCUGCAGACACACUCUGCAGAGGGGGCGGAGCCUCAGUACACCUGCCGCUUUUGUAACCAAACGUUUUCAGGAGUGACGCAGCUUCGUAUCCACCAGCGCAGCCACACCUUCCGCUCCUACCAGUGCGACCAGUGCAGUAAGGCGUACGGCUCGCUCACCGGCCUCCAGGCCCACAAGGCCAGCCACUCUGCCGACAACCUCUUCCUGUGCUCGCAGUGCGGCAAACGUUUCAAAACCCGCGAGGGGCUGGAGGGCCACCUGAGGACUCACACUGGGGAGAGACCGUACCGCUGCCCCUACUGCUCGAAAGACUUCCGUGCGCUGGCUGGGCUCAACGUGCACGUUCGGCGGCACACGGGAGAGCGGCCGUACGUGUGCACAGUGUGCGGUAAAGGCUGGCCAUCAGGUGGCGACCUUCAGAAGCACAUGAGGAUACACACGGGAGAACGGCCGUACACCUGUGAGGACUGUGGCAAAGCCUUUUCCAUUUCCUGUCACCUGACUGAACACCGCAGAAUACACACAGGAGAGAAGCCGUUCUCGUGUCCAGAAUGUGGUAAAUGUCUGCGGAGGAAGUUCGAUCUGAAGAAGCACAUGUUGUCGCACAGCAGCGUUCGUCCGUACGCAUGCCUGUACUGUCCAAAAAGCUACACCCGAAAAACUCACCUCAGCCGACAUUUGCUGACGCAUGGGGUCAGGGGCAGCGACGCCAUUACCGAGCCGAGUGACACGGCCUGAAGCCCGCACACCACGUUCUGGUCCGUCUCACAUUCACAUGCAGAGACUGGCUGGUUCUUCUAUGCUGUCCGUCCCGAAGGACUAAACUCUUCCUGUCGGUUAUUUUCAUUGUUACGUGCCGGUUGGAGGACGACCAUCUGUCCAUCUGUGGCGCCACUUUGUGAAUGUAGUAAAACUGGAAUCUCAGAUCACUUCCAAAGUGCAUGUCCACGUUUUCCACCUCACUUUCGAAGCUGGGUUUGACUUUAACGUCGACCUCUCUGUGACCUUUGUGGCCUCAGUCUAGGGUUGUACCUUCACCUUACGGGGAUUUCUGUCUGCUGCCACCUGUUGGAUCUCACCCCCGGUCACAUUCACUACAAGAGACGGAUGCAAAGUGAGCAGCUGCUGUUCAUCUUCAGACAGAGUGAACGUUUUAUGUGGUCAUGACACUGCCGGGAAGGCAGGGGCAAAAUAGAGGAGGCAACUGCCAAUCGGAGCAAAGGCAGCGUGACACACUGUGGAUGCUCAGCUAAAACAAAACGAUCCAAAAUGUGUAAUAUAAAUUAAUAUUUUUGG